AUGUCUUUAGAAUUAAUUCCUGAUGAGAUACUUUUACUCAUAUUCUCUUAUCUUCAUCAAUUUCAUCUAAUUUACGCAUUCAGUAAACUGAAUCAGCGAUUCCGACGACUCAUCGAUCCUCAUCUACAAGACAUUGAUUUAUCACAAGAUCGCGUAGUCAGCUAUCCAUUAUUUCGUUUAUGGUGUAAACAUAUCCUUCCGUCCCAUUGCCGAAAGGUUCGAACGCUUAGACUAGCUGGCUUCCAUCAAGUGCAACUCUUUUCGCGAUACAUUCGUCACUUAACCAACUUGCAAGUCUUAGAGAUCACUGAUAUCGAAGAGGAUACAUUUCGAAACAAACACGAUGACGAUCUACAUCAUGUGCUGGAUAUCGGUUUCUUCCUGAACGAAGCUCUAACGUUACCGUGUUUACAUACUCUAUCGAUAGAUCUCGCAGCAAAUAAUAUACUGAAAACGAUUUCUUCGUCAUCUGCUGGACAUAACUUGACUCAUCUUAGUCUGAUCUAUCCUCGUCCCAAAGGUUUAUCAUGUUCUGUUGGAUAUAUAUCACAAAUGGACAACAUUCAAUAUUUUUCGGCAAACUUUGAUUCAGUCAACGAUCUGAGAAUAGUGUUAACUCGGUUGCCCAACUUGCGAGAGUUAAAAGCAUCGCUAGUAAAUUUUGAUGAUCCAGAAGUUGCAACUCGAAUAAAAGUGCCCGGUACAUUAGAAACCCUCUGGCUCGAAUUCGGCUGUUUCCACUGCUGUACAAAUUUCAAGUCGCUCAAAAUGCUUCUGGAUGUCUUCAAAACUCAAAUUCAUUCGUUGACUUUGAUUUCUGUCAACGUGGACGAAGAUCUUUCCCAAUAUAGGAAAUUUCAUAAGCUCGUAGCCGAUUUCACUUGUCUCGAAACAUUUCGAUAUCAUAUUCGCACUCUACAUCACUCUGACUCACUGAAACGUUUUACACACAUACAAGAAGAACCGGAUGGUAGCUACUCAUUUUAUACAUUUCCACCUCUUAGAAGAUUCGACAUUGGAUCAGAGGCAACACGAGGAGGACAAUAUAUAGACGACAGUCUCACCUCGUCAGAGCUAUUCUUCUGCAACAGAUUAUGGACUUUAGGCGAGAAAGUACCUUCAACAUUCAAGCUCACAAACAAUGCAACACUGGCUCACGUACAAAAGAUAGAGAUAGGUGCAAUUUUUGGAAAUGAUAGGAACACUUUGUGUGAGUAUUUGUCGCAGGUGAUAUCUCUCUCGCCCAACUUAAAAUGGUUGUAUAUGGAUGUAGGAAAGGAUACAAAAGUCUUUAUUGAUGGCAUUCGCAAACUCUUUCGAAAUGGAGUGAAUAAGGGCAUUACUCGCUUGGAUCUAAGCUUAGACAGGAAUAAAAAUACUCAAGAUCAUCAUCCGACUUUUUGGAAUGAGCUAGCAGAAACUGUACCUCGUUUAACAACACUCAAAUUAAAUAUUAAGUAUACACGUCGACGUGAGGACUAUUCGCUCAUGACCGAAAUAAUUAAUGACUCGAAAAGAAGCUUUUGCAAAUUGACUCGUCUGCUCCUCGGAUUUUACUCGAGACCGAACACGAACACGUUAGGUAUGUCAGAAUAUUGCCAGAAGUACAUCGAUGAAAUGCAGAAACCCCAUUACAAUUCGUUCAGUUUCACAUUGAAUUACGAUAAUGAACAAGGCCAUUGUGUUCACGUUUGGUUAUGA